UCUCCGCAGCUUGCGGCAGGUUCUUUGCGGUUCCCCCUCUUAGACGCAGGUCUUAGAAGCGACCGGGGGUGAAGGCGUUGCUGCCGGAGCUGAGACCGGGCGGCCAGAGUCCGCAGGGAUGAACCUCGAGUUGCUAGAGUCUUUUGGACAGAACUAUCCUGAGGAAGCUGAUGGAACUUUGGAUUGUAUCAGCAUGGCCCUGACUUGCACCUUUAACAGGUGGGGCACAUUGCUUGCAGUUGGCUGCAAUGAUGGCCGAAUUGUGAUCUGGGAUUUCUUGACGAGAGGCAUUGCUAAAAUAAUUAGUGCACACAUCCAUCCAGUCUGUUCUUUAUGCUGGAGUCGAGAUGGCCAUAAGCUCGUGAGUGCUUCCACUGAUAACAUAGUGUCACAGUGGGACGUUCUUUCAGGCGACUGUGACCAGAGGUUUCGAUUCCCUUCACCCAUCUUAAAAGUCCAGUAUCAUCCACGAGAUCAGAACAAGGUUCUCGUGUGUCCCAUGAAAUCUGCUCCUGUCAUGUUGACCCUUUCAGAUUCCAAACAUGUUGUUCUGCCGGUAGAUGAUGACUCUGAUUUGAACGUGGUGGCAUCUUUUGAUAGGCGAGGGGAAUAUAUCUAUACAGGAAAUGCAAAAGGCAAGAUUUUGGUCCUAAAAACAGAUUCUCAGGACCUUGUUGCUUCCUUCAGAGUAACAACUGGAACAAGCAAUACCACGGCCAUUAAGUCAAUUGAGUUUGCCCGGAAGGGGAGUUGUUUUUUAAUUAACACAGCAGAUCGAAUAAUCAGAGUUUAUGAUGGCAGAGAAAUCUUAACCUGUGGAAGAGAUGGAGAGCCUGAACCCAUGCAAAAGUUGCAGGACUUGGUGAAUAGGACCCCAUGGAAGAAAUGUUGUUUCUCUGGGGAUGGGGAAUACAUAGUGGCAGGGUCUGCCCGGCAGCAUGCCCUGUACAUCUGGGAGAAGAGCAUUGGAAACCUGGUAAAGAUUCUUCAUGGGACGAGAGGAGAACUCCUCUUGGAUGUAGCUUGGCAUCCUGUUCGACCCAUCAUAGCAUCCAUUUCUAGUGGAGUGGUAUCUAUCUGGGCACAAAAUCAAGUAGAAAAUUGGAGUGCGUUUGCACCAGAUUUCAAAGAGUUGGAUGAAAAUGUAGAAUAUGAGGAAAGGGAAUCAGAAUUUGAUAUUGAAGAUGAAGAUAAGAGUGAGCCUGAGCAAACAGGAGCUGAUGCUGCAGAAGAUGAGGAAGUGGAUGUCACUAGCGUGGACCCCAUUGCUGCCUUCUGUAGCAGUGAUGAAGAGCUGGAAGAUUCAAAGGCUCUAUUGUAUUUACCCAUUGCCCCUGAGGUAGAAGACCCAGAAGAAAACCCUUAUGGCCCCCCGCCGGAUGCAGUCCAAACCUCCUUGAUGGACGAAGGGGCUAGUUCAGAGAAGAAGAGGCAGUCUUCAGCAGAUGGGUCCCAGCCACCUAAGAAGAAACCCAAAACAACCAAUAUAGAACUUCAAGGAGUACCAAAUGAUGAAGUCCAUCCAUUACUGGGUGUGAAGGGGGAUGGCAAAUCCAAGAAGAAGCAAGCAGGCCGGCCUAAAGGAUCAAAAGGUAAAGAGAAAGAUUCUCCAUUUAAACCGAAACUCUACAAAGGGGACAGAGGUUUACCUCUGGAAGGAUCAGCGAAGGGUAAAGUGCAGGCGGAACUCAGCCAGCCCUUGACAGCAGGAGGAGCAAUCUCAGAACUGUUAUGAAGACUCUUGAAGUUCUUCGUUCUUCCCCACUUUGCCAUCAUGUGGCCUCUGGACACUGUGGUCAGUCAUUUGAGAUUGGCUUUAAUUUAAAACAAAGCCCUCUGCCUCCCACCCAGGUGGUGGAAGGACUAAAUUUUAUGUUUGAAUGAAGAAGUGAAUUAUGGAAGAAGAGUAUAUGUCCCUUACCUUCCUUUUGAAGCAUAAGUCCAAAUAGGCUCUCAGGAAUGAGGAUUUGUGAAGACAUCAAAAAAGAGUUUUGACUCACAUAAACUUUGAUGUUUAGUUAUAUUGCUGGAGAGAAGACAACUAUGUUUUGCUCAUCUAAUUUUAUUGUACCUAGCAUCAUUUUGAUAUGCCAUUUCCUAUCUCCUGUUUACCUUCCGUCCUCAAUGCAUGUCCUCAAUGCAUGUCCUCAAGUGACUUGUUUACCCGAAAUUUUGCUGCCAGUAUGCUAGGAAAACUCCUGUUGCAUAUUCUCUUUCCUUCAUUUUAAAAAUUGCCCUCUCCCCAGAUGCCUCUUAUAUUUCCAUACUAUGUACAAAGGAUGGGCAGAAAAGAGAGUGCUUGAAAGAUUUCAAAUUUUUGGAAAGGAAAGAAAGAUAAGAACGCCUCCUCUUCCUACCCUACCACAUUUUGCCCAAGAAGCUGGGCUGUAAGAGAUUCAGGGUUUUUCCUUGUUUUCCUUUCAUUGCAUGUUUUCUUCCAUUAUUGAUCCAUUCUCAUUAAUCAUGGUUUUUGAAGAUAGCUAGUUUUAUCCAUCUCCAGCAAAGAAUCAUCAAUAGUUUAUAUUGCUUUACCUGUGCUGGCUUCCAGAGAUGGAAACAAACCAAGGUGUCUCUCAACAAGCUGGAGUGGGGACAUCUAUGCAAGGACUAAAGUAAAACCAUCCAAAAUCAAAGCAGCAACAACACAGUUCAAAUCAAAGAUCAGGGUAAAUGUUUUUAUCAUCGCCUGUGUAAAUCUGUCCCCAUCAGUCAUUGUGUUUUUCCCUUCCUGUGUCCAUGCUCCUUUUUCUUACUGUGUUUUCAGUCACUUCCUUUCUGUGAAAGGUUGCUUAGCUUUUUUUUGUUUUUUCCUUUUACUGUUCUUUAUAUUAAAAGUAGCAGAUUGGAUGGAUAUGUACAUUAGGUAUUUGAAAUUCUCCGAACAUCCAGUUAUGAAACCAGCUGUGGCAAGGCCUCAGCAGCCUCUCUGAGUAGAGCUUUUAGCUGACCAGAAGUGCUUAACCUGGAUCAUUUUCUCCGUAUUUUCAAAGGAGAGUUUAAAUACUGUGUUCAUUAUGAAAUCUCUAUCACUUGGUGGAUGCUCCUAUAGGUAGCCAAACACGUUGAUUAUCUUUUAGAUUUUAGGAUAGAAAUCAGAGUAGAACACAUCACUAAGAGCUGCUUUCUCCCAUUCCAUCUUUUAGAAUCAAUAUACUAGUAGUCAGAGGAAGAGCUCUCCCUGAGUCAGUUGCAAAAUAUCUAUAUUUUUAGGUUCCACUACUUUUUCCUCACAUGCUCAUUUUGUGAAUUUCAUGUGAGUUAAAUCAGUGGUUGAGGUUGGUGGGUGCCCCACUAGGUGUUUUUUUUUUUUUUGCAGACAUAUCCAGUCCAGCUCUCUCUGUACUGUACACUGCAAUAGUCUGCAAACUGUGUGAUGCAGAGCGUUUCUGCCUUAUUUCCAUGUGUGAAAUAGCUUGGUUUCCUCCGCCUGUGCAUUUGGGUGUUUACGCUGUGUCCAUCUCCUAAAUUGGCUCCUGAGAAAAUCAACUUAAGCUCCUGUCAGAUUGUCUCUGGCAGCAGCUCCUAAUAAUUAUUUAUGCUUUUUGGAAUUUUUAUUUCAGCUCCUAAAAACCUUAUGUCCAUUUCAGUUUGAAUUAUUGAUUUGUACAAUAAUAUGUAUAUUCUCGAAUUCCCUUUUGUCAUCCCUCCGCCCCGCACUGUAUUUUUAAAAUGUUCUGUAGUUUUGUACAAGAUGAGACUUAGCCUUGGGUACUUCUUGCUGAAACUUUAAUGCUUUGUAAAUAAA